AGCUGAACGAAAACAAACAACUGCAAGUAGCGAGCGCAGCAGCAGCAGCAGUGGCUCUCAAGAAAAAAGUUUUCGCACAUUUAUAUUGAUUUUAGUGCAUUCUAUUUGUGCGAUAAACAGUAUAUGUUGUGUAUCUGAGUUAGCUGCGGGGCAACUCCAGCAAUUGUUGCUUCCUAGGCCAAGAGUUUCCACAUCGCCCGUCUUAAUGUGCAUGUGCAUGUGUUUGUGUGUGUGAGUAAGUGAGUGUGGAGCAGCAAAAAUGGCCAGCAAAUGUUUCACAGCUGCAUAAACAUGAACUCGAGUUAGUUAAACUAGAUUAGCAUCUGUUUAGGUGCAGAUAUAUAACGUAGAUUUUGUGGCCGAUUUUUGGGGCGCGGCGACAGCUGCUCCUCAGUCGUUGCUGUUGUCUGUGUGCGUGCGUGUAAACAAAACAAAUUUGAAAAGUGGAGCAGUACAAAGGCAAAGUGAAGGGGGCAACAUCUACAGCAGCAGCAACCACAACAACAGUAGUAACAACAACAACAAAUAACACAAUGGCCAGUCGCAGUCGCGCUAUACUAAAUGUUAAUCUCGAUACGGUCAUGGCCAACGAUCCGUUGCGUGAGCUCUUUGAGGCCUGUAAAACAGGUGAAAUAGCCAAAGUGAAGAAGCUGAUAACGCCACAAACGGUUAAUGCGCGCGACACAGCAGGACGCAAAUCGACUCCAUUGCAUUUUGCAGCGGGUUAUGGACGGCGGGAGGUGGUCGAGUUUCUGUUGAACAGCGGCGCCUCCAUACAGGCCUGCGACGAGGGUGGCCUGCAUCCUCUGCACAACUGCUGUUCUUUUGGGCAUGCGGAGGUGGUGCGUUUGCUGCUUAAAGCCGGAGCCAGUCCAAAUACCACCGACAACUGGAACUAUACACCGCUCCAUGAGGCGGCCAGCAAGGGUAAGGUGGAUGUUUGUCUGGCGCUGCUGCAGCAUGGAGCGAAUCAUACCAUUCGCAAUUCGGAGCAGAAGACACCUCUGGAGUUGGCGGACGAUGCGACACGUCCGGUGCUGACCGGCGAGUAUCGCAAGGAUGAGCUGCUGGAGGCUGCCCGUUCAGGAGCCGAGGAUCGGCUGCUUGCCCUCCUCACGCCCCUCAAUGUCAAUUGUCAUGCCAGCGACGGACGUCGCUCGACUCCAUUGCAUUUAGCCGCCGGCUACAAUCGCAUUGGCAUCGUUGAAAUACUGCUAGCCAACGGAGCUGACGUGCAUGCCAAGGAUAAGGGUGGCCUGGUGCCGCUGCAUAAUGCCUGCUCCUACGGCCACUUCGAUGUCACCAAAUUGCUGAUUCAGGCCGGCGCCAAUGUCAAUGCCAACGAUCUGUGGGCCUUCACGCCGCUGCACGAGGCCGCCUCCAAAAGUCGUGUCGAGGUGUGUAGCCUGUUGCUCAGUCGCGGCGCUGAUCCCACGCUCCUCAACUGCCACAACAAGUCGGCCAUCGAUGCGGCACCAACGCGAGAGCUGCGUGAACGCAUUGCCUUUGAAUACAAGGGACAUUGCCUGAUGGACGCUUGUCGAAAGUGCGAUCUAUCGCGUGUGAAGAAGCUCGUCUGUGCCGAAAUAGUUAACUUUGUGCAUCCUUAUACGGGUGAUACGCCUCUGCAUUUGGCCGUGGUCUGUCAGGAUGGCAAACGGAAGCAGUUGGUGGAGCUGUUGACACGCAAGGGAGCCCUCCUCAAUGAGAAGAACAAGACCUUCCUGACGCCACUGCAUUUGGCCGCCGAGUUGCUGCACUAUGACGCCAUGGACGCUCUGCUUAAACUGGGCGCCAAGGUCAAUGCAUUGGAUAGUCUUGGCCAGACGGCGCUGCAUCGUUGUGCGCGGGAUGAGCAGGCGGUGAGAUUGUUGCUCUCCUAUGCGGUGGACAGCAAUAUUAUCUCAUUGGAGGGCUUAACUGCAGCUCAGCUGGCAUCGGAUAAUGUGCUAAAGCUACUCAAGAAUCCGCCAGACAGCGAGACAAACUUGCUGGAAGCGGCCAAGGCUGGUGAUUUGGAUGCAGUGCGUCGCAUUGUGCUUAACAAUCCACAUACAGUCAAUUGUCGGGAUCUAGAUGGACGUCACUCGACGCCGUUGCACUUUGCUGCCGGUUUCAAUCGUGUGCCUGUCGUGCAAUUUCUGCUGGAGCACGGAGCAGAGGUAUAUGCCGCAGAUAAGGGUGGCCUGGUGCCACUGCAUAAUGCCUGCUCCUAUGGCCACUACGAGGUAACCGAACUGCUCGUCAAGCACGGCGCCAAUGUAAAUGUCUCCGAUCUGUGGAAGUUUACUCCGCUUCAUGAGGCUGCGGCCAAGGGCAAGUAUGACAUUUGCAAGCUGCUGCUGAAGCAUGGCGCUGAUCCCAUGAAGAAGAAUCGUGAUGGUGCGACGCCAGCUGAUCUUGUCAAGGACUCAGAUCAUGAUGUCGCCGAACUACUGCGUGGCCCCUCAGCACUGCUAGAUGCCGCCAAAAAGGGCAACUUGGCGCGGGUGCAACGCCUGGUCACACCAGAAACGAUCAACUGCCGCGAUUUGAAUGGACGCAACUCGACGCCGCUGCAUUUGGCCGCCGGAUACAAUAACUUUGAAUGUGCCGAAUAUUUGCUGGAAAAUGGCGCCGAUGUCAAUGCCCAGGAUAAGGGUGGACUCAUACCAUUGCACAAUGCCAGCUCCUAUGGGCAUUUAGAUAUUGCUGCGCUGCUGAUCAAGCACAAGACGGUGGUCAAUGCGACCGACAAAUGGGGCUUCACUCCGUUGCAUGAGGCCGCCCAGAAGGGACGCACCCAGCUUUGUUCCCUGUUGCUAGCCCAUGGUGCCGAUGCGUAUAUGAAGAACCAGGAGGGCCAGACACCUAUUGAGUUAGCCACGGCCGAUGAUGUUAAAUGCCUGUUACAGGAUGCAAUGGCCACAUCGCUCAGCCAACAGGCGCUUAGAGCUUCUACGCAAUCUUUAAGUGGCAACUCUCCCGCACCAGAUGCAGGUUGUAGCACCGCAAAUGCAGCUGCAACAUGCUCGUCGACAGCAGCUGCUGCUGCAGCGGCCUCAGCGGCAAUGUUGUCGCCCACCACGGAGACAGUGUUGCUACCAUCGGGUGCUUCUAUGACACUAAGUGUGCCGGUGCCAUUGCCACUGAACAGCUGCGCCACACGCAUCAGUCCUGCCCAAGGAGCGGAGGCGAAUGGCGCUGAGAAUACAGGCAGUGAGGAGCUGCUAACCGAUCCGGAGUCAAUUACAAAUGUUUCGGGUUUCCUGAGCAGCCAACAGCUGCAUCAUUUGAUAGAGCUCUUCGAGCGGGAGCAGAUCACACUCGACAUACUGGCCGAGAUGGGCCAUGAUGAUCUCAAGCAGGUGGGCGUGUCCGCCUACGGCUUUCGACACAAGAUACUCAAGGGCAUUGCCCAGCUGCGCGCAACAACAGGCAUUGGCAACAAUGUGAAUCUGUGCACACUUCUGGUCGAUCUACUGCAGGAUGACAAGGAGUUUGUCGCCGUCGAGGAGGAAAUGCAGGCCACAAUACGCGAACAUCGUGACAAUGGCCAGGCCGGAGGCUACUUUACACGCUACAACGUAGUGCGGGUACAAAAGGUACAGAAUCGUAAGUUGUGGGAGCGUUACGCCCAUCGCCGUCAGGAAAUUGCCGAAGAGAAUUAUUUGCAGUCAAAUGAGCGUAUGCUCUUCCAUGGUAGCCCAUUUAUCAAUGCGAUUGUGCAGCGCGGAUUUGAUGAGCGUCACGCCUACAUUGGUGGCAUGUUCGGUGCAGGCAUUUACUUUGCGGAGCACAGCUCCAAGAGCAAUCAGUAUGUGUAUGGCAUUGGCGGCGGCAUUGGUUGCCCAUCGCACAAGGAUAAAUCCUGCUAUGUCUGUCCCAGACAAUUGCUGCUGUGUCGCGUUGCGCUGGGUAAAUCAUUUUUGCAAUAUAGCGCCAUGAAGAUGGCGCAUGCACCGCCAGGACAUCACUCGGUCAUCGGUCGUCCAUCGGCAGGCGGCCUGCACUUUGCAGAAUACGUUGUCUAUCGGGGUGAACAGUCUUAUCCAGAGUACUUGAUAACCUACCAAAUCGUCAAGCCCGAUGAUAGUAACAGCGGCGCCGAGGAAACAAGAUGAUGGAUGCCCUCGGUUGGCUCGACGCCUACAACAACAUCGCCAGCACCGCAACCACAACAGACCUCAGCUCCAGCGCCAGCUAUAGCAAUUGCUAUAGCUCCAGUUCAAGUUCAAGUUCCAGCCACAGCCACAGCUCCAGUUGCCAAGCGGCGGCAUAAGCACGCCAAAACGAACCAGCAACAACAGCGGCAACAUCAUCAGCCUCAACACCAACAUCAGCUGCCGCUGCAGUUGCAAUAUCAACAUUAUCAGCCGCAGCAAUCGACGCCGGUGGUAACCACCACGCAGCCAACACCAGCGGGCGUCUUUACGCACAAUAACAACAACCAUAGCUAUAAUAGUAAUAAUAACACUAACGGCAACAUCAACAGCAACAAUAACAACAACAAUGACAUGUCACCGAUAUCGAACAGCAAUAGUUACUCCUCGGUGGACACAAAUCAAACGCUGCUCAAUUCAAUUGCCAAUCAACGUGGCAAUAAUCAGCGUCAAAAUCACCAAAAUCAUCAGAGCCGUAAAUAUAGUCAAUUUAUGAUCAUAACGCCCGCCGUUUCGAUUGAUCGUGACUUUGAAUACGAAUCGCAUUUGGAUUUUGAGGACUUUGCCAAUGCGGCGCACAACAAUGGCAAUCUGUUUCGUUUGGGAUUGCGCCGGAGCGGCAGCAGUAGCGACGACAGCGGACACAGUAGCGACAGCAGCUUUCGAUCCAAUUACAAUCCCUAUUUGCAUCACAGUCGUCAGCAUUUGCUAUCGAAUAAAAGCAACAAUGGAUGUAACUCUCGUCGUUUCUAUACCUUUUCGUCGUGGCGCUGGUGUUCUCUACUCUGUGCGGCAAUGCGUUGCUUUGGCGCCGGGCACGGCAACCAGGCACCGUAUAGCAGCUCUUUUGUGCAACAUCAUCGAUUACGUCGGUGUUCCUCCUACAACGGGGAUACUGCAUAUGACUAUGAGCAUUUUGCGGCGCCGUUUAAGGCUCGAAAAACACGCGAUCAUAUGAAUAAUAUUACAUACGAGUUGUGACGGUGGCCGCUUUCCAAAUAUGAACAGCAUUUUGAUCUCUUUGUCGCCGUUGUAUUUGUUGGUCUACUCCUAAAACUUCUGCUCCUUAUUAGACUUUUAUUACAAUUAUUAGCUAUAAAUGUCGUGUACUGUGUGUCGUCAUCGUUCACUCUAGAAUGUAAGCGAUAUAAAGUUGAUCGUAAAAUCAAAAGAGCAGCACAUUUUUUGAGUGAUUUUAAUUCGAAAUACGAGUAAUUAAUAUAAUAUUUACGAUUAUACACAAACAAUUAUACAGAUAAAAAGAGUAUAAAUACA